UGAAACCAACUUCACAGAAACAAACUCAAGUCAACUUUAACUGCGGCUAUUGCCAAGAAUUGACAGCGACUGUUAGGGCCUUGCAAAGACAACUGGCAACUACAAAAAGGACCAAUAGUAGCCUUACAGACAUACUUGGAGAGGCAUGUAAGAAACCAAGCACAACAACAGCAGGAUCACAGACAGAUAUACCUGAAAACCUUGAAGAAUUUCCAACAUUGGAYCCACACAUUCAAGAAGAGGUCGACAAGGUCAUGGAGCAUGAUGAAGACAUGCCAAUCGAUGAAGAACCAGUUGAAGAAAAUUAUAAUGAAACUGAUGAUGAUGGGAAUAAUAGCACAACAACAAAUAUUAAUGAGAGAUUGAACACUGAGRGAAAGGAUUGCAGAGAAGAACCUAAAGCAAUUGUUUUUCUUUCAAAACUUCUGCUACUCUUCCAAUUUUGUUUCUUUUGCCAUCAUCCUAACCCUAAAGUAGACAAACGACAAACUGGAACAAUGAUUACUAUUGUAACCAAAUGUUCACACUGUAUGCAGACCUUUACAUGGUUGAGCCAGCCAYUUUUGUUAGGACGGUUUCCAGCAGGAAAUGUAUUACUAAGUUUUGCCAUACUUACAGCUGGAGCAUCUGUCAAGAAAGUUCUCCUUGUGUUGCAACAUAUUAACAUCCUUGUUUAUAACAAUUCAACCUACUAUUACCAUCAGAAACAUUUGCUCAUUCCAGCAAUAGUAUCAUUUUGGAGAAAAUACCAACAAAAGAUUCUGGAAAAACUCAAUGGCACUGAGGUUACACUAGCUGGAGAUGGACGCCAUGACAGUGCUGGUCACUCUGCAAAAUUUGGCACUUACACAAUCUUUUGCUGUACACUUGGACUGAUUAUCCACAUAGUUCUUGUCCAGGCAAACCAAGCUGGUAGUAGCACUGGUAUGGAGUUUCUUGGACAUGAAAAGGCUUUGCUCUUCCUUCUAUCAACUGGCAUGAUUAUAAAAAAGUAUAUCACAGACAGACACACACAGAUAACAAAGUGGAUGCGAGAGGAUUGUCCAAGAAUCUGCAGAGAGAUGGGAAAAGCCCAAAUACAACAUUUCUUUGACUUGUGGCAUAUUGCAAAAAGCCAUCAUUUACUGAAAUCAACAACCUACUUCCUUUUAAGGACAAUACUGGCUGCCCUUCAUUUCAAUUAUAAUAUUGAAAGGGCCCCAAAGACAGACCAAAAUGGAAAUGUAAAAUUAAGAGUGUCAUAUGUGAAAUACAAGUAUGGGGAAGGAACUGUAAGGGAAGUUAAAACUGCACAAAACUAUGAAUAUGUUAAAGACAUCUAUAAAAACCUCAUUGAAACUCCCCGCGAUCACCUUAGAGUGCUUAAYAUAGAAUUAGAAGCAGAAGUCCCGGAAGCAAUGAAUACAAUGAAUGAGAAAGAGAACAAACAUGAAGCCAUUAGAAAAUAUAUGGAAAGAAAAGAAGCCCAAACACUGUUGUGUCCACCUACAUGCACAGAUACCGAACUGGAGGAACUUGUAGCGCCUCCACCAGAACGAGGAACAAGAAAAGUCCCAAUAUGUAAAUCAUGCGAUAAACCAAUGAAGGGGCACAAGAUAAUCAACAAAAAAAGAUAUUGUCCCCACCAACUACCUGUAGAAAAUUAAAACACACACAAACAUUCACGAAGUCUUUACAUCAUGAUAUCCAAACAUCAUUCAUAUGUAUUACUACAAAAAAUAGUACUUCAGAGAAUCAAAAUUAUUUCAUUAUAUCUUUUGAAAAGCUAAAAUUUCUUGAAGUUCUUUUAUUUCUAGAAUUUUAGAAGCCAAAAAAUGACAUACUCAAGAAACAUGUUUUGAAUGAAAAAUCACAACAUUUUGUUGCAUAUAACAAAACUAAUGCUGCUAGAUGUUCAUCCACCUCAUAAUGAGUUUCUGGUGGUUGUCAAAUCAGUCCAGUAUACUAUAUUAACCUACAGUACAAGGAGUAAUAUCAGGUCUAUGAGAAAGCUUUGUAGGAGAAGAAAUGCUUAUCCAUACUUUGAGAGAGUCAUUCACACUUGAUAAUUGGUGCCUGAUGUGUAAAAUGAGCAAAGUUCAAUGUUGCAAUCAAUAGAUGCCAGGAUAAAUUCAGUGCAGUUGUGUACCUGCAUGUAUAAAUGAGUGCUAGGUAGUGCUGCRAUUGGACUCCAGUCAAAACUCCACAGUAGUUAGAGCAGAAACAUCUGAURCACAAUUCUCAUCAAGACUCACGUUCUGAAGAUUCAAUUUCUSCUUGGACCUCAUCUUCCUCCUGAAACCCACGAUAUACUCCAUCAUCUUCAGGGAACUCACUCCUUAUGGCGUUAUAAACACAGCAUGGAAGCGGUAGUCGCUGUGAGUUCCCUGCAUAGACCCAUAUCAMUCUAAAAAAUUGUCGAUAKGCAACUGACCUGUAAAAUCUGGAAGAAAAAGUAUUUAUCAUCAAUGUAAGUUUUAUUUAAGUCUUAAUGUUUGUUUUUCAGUAAAGCCCUAAAGUUCUUCACAUUUCUUGCCUAUCUCCACAAUUACAACUAUACAACAAAAACCAUUUUUACAUAUUCUUUUAAAGUAAGUGUGCUGCAAAUUAUAUUUCAAACUGCAGUCUGUACUUUUGAAACAAACUAAUGAAGUGAAAUACAAACAUAGCAAAAAAAAAAACACUUCUGUUGAAUAAUUCCAACUUACUGUGAAUCAGAUUUUCUCGCUCUAAGUACUGUGUAGCUUUGACCCUUUCUAGUUUUGAGUCCAAUAGCAGCAGCAUCUAGCACCCAUUUAUUCAAGCAGAUAGCAUUG